ACCGACUGUUACCUUUGCGAAUCCCCGCCGAUCUUCCUUUCUAAGAUGGGACUAACAAUGCCUGUAAUAAUUGAAUACGGCACUUGAAGGAAUUCGGGGAACAUUCACCGUCAUCUACUCUAGGUAUCUUAAAAACAAACAAACCAAACUUUGGGAUUCGGAAAGCUGAUGGCAUCUUCCCAGAAACAUGUCUUUUCACUCACAGGUGUUUUAUAUCAGCUGGAAAGACUGGAGGCACAUGAUCAGAGAUCAGCCAGGCCACAAGACGGGCACCAGGGACCGCAGGAUUCGGAAACUGACUUGGAAGCAAAGAUCCUCAAACUGAGAAAGCUUCGGGAUGAACUGAGGACUAAAGUGAAGCUACACGAAGCCGGUGCCAGAAUACCUAUCGCUAACCUAGAACCCUACGAACCAUUGAAGAACAGUGAGGAAAAUCUGAAAAUGAAGUUGGAGAAAGCUAAAGCCUUCUUUCAGGCAUUCCAUUUAACAGGUCUCAGUGGCAAAUUGACCACGAAAGGGGUCUGUAUCUGCUUCAACACUGCUUUUGAGGGAAACAUCUUGGAUUCUUAUUAUGUGGAUCUUAUCAUAAAGAAACCACUUCAAAUACAUCGCCAUUCAGUUCCAGUCUUCAUUCCCCUGGAGCAGAUAGCUGCAAAAUACUUGGAGACUAAUUUUCAACACUUCGUGUAUAGUCUCAGCGAACACCUAAAUGGAUAUUCUGGAAGAAAAUACCAGGCAGAUCAACUGCAGUGUGGCUUUUCAGCUUUCCUAGCCAGGCCCUUGCAGAGAAAUUCACUGUGCACUUUGCUGUCAUUCACGUACACCAUGGACCCCAGUGGAGAAUCUUUCCCUUUUUGUGCUAGGCUUGUGUACCAGGACCUCACAACAACUCUUCCCACCGAUGUCACAAUUACAUACCAAGGGACGGGAGCAACGCCUGCCUCCUGGGAGAACCAGCGAGCCGUCCAUGAGACUUUAUUCUAUAAAAAUGCCCUUCAUAAGGUGUUUGAGUCUUUUUUGAGAGUAAGAGAGAACUUUGAUUGUGUAUCCAGUGUACCCUGAAGCAGAUGAACCUGUUCCUUGGAAAACCACUUCAGGAAUGAGCCAGAGCACAAUAUUACACACAACCCUUUGGAAACGACAACUGUUGGACGGACUCAGGCUCAAACCCCGCCCUCUCUCCAGCCCAGAUUUUCCUGUGACUUACUGGGGACAAGUCUAUGAGCCUUUAGAUGCUGACCUUUGAGGUUAACCUGCCAUGGGCAGUGCUUGAACAGUUACCAUCCUCUUACAUAGAGUGGUUUGCUGAAUGCUUUUUGGGCCUGACGAUAUUUGUUUCAUAUCACCAAAUGAAACAAGGCAUUGAGGAGUAUUCUGGUGGAGACAGAGGAGAUGGCAAAGCUUCACUGAACCAAGGACUGCUGCCAGUGACUCACAGAUGCCUUAGCUGACAGUAUCUUGUUUUCUUAUGAAGAUAAACAGAAUGGCUUUUGAAAAUGAAAUUAUGAGAUGAUAAAACUACGUAUGUAUGUUCGUCCAUCGUAUAAACUAAUGUAGCUAAGUGAA